AUGUAUUCAGGACAUAGUGGACAAAGACGUGGACUGUUGAGACCGGUUACAGCAACCAAUGAUGGGCCGAUAUUCCGGAAUUUACCAUUAUUAGGUUUCUUAAUGGGUCUUCUGUUUUUCUUCUUCAUUUUCAACAUUUAUCAAGCUCAGAGUGCGGAGCUGUACGAUAUGCGUAAUCAAAUAAAAUUUGAAAGGAGUCGUCAUAUUAAAGUGAAGUCGGAGAACAUUGAAUGCAGUGAAAAAUUGGCGAAACGGGAUAGUACCCUGUUAUCUUACAUGAUAAAUUUAAAACAGCUUCAGAACGACAAAAACACAUGUUUCACCUCGUUGGAUUUAAUGAAAGCUGAAUUGGCGCUGGCAAAACUAACACUCACUAAUCUGCGAACCAAUUCUGCUUUGAUGGAGAGUGUUUUAGAAGCACCAAAGAAAACUGUUGAAAGUUUGAAAGCGCAGUUGCAAGGAAAAGAUGUGGAGGAAGACAUUUCUCAGGAUUCCAAUUUAAGUGCUUUACCAUUGGUAAUAACUCAAAGUGCUAAUGGACUAACAAAUCGCAAAAAUAUCUCUGUUCAACGUGAAAAAUUGGCAAAUAAAACUGAGCAUAGUCAAUCUCCCAGUGCUUCCACAUUGUCCCAACAAAAAACCGUCUUGCCACAGCCUGUCGCACUCGGAGUUCCGGAACGUAUUGUUGUCACGGUAAAGUCUAGUAAUAAUCCUCAUGUUGCUACAGUUCAUGCCGCUUCAGUCCCGCGAAUUGAUGCGCAACACGAUCAACUUAAUUUCCUGUCCUCACCUCUACAAUUAAAACAAUCACUUGAGGCCAAAAAAGAGGAGAAUCCAAUGCUCCCAAAUAUUCCUAAAGUUCAGCUGAAUAACGUUGUGGGCAUGAAUGAACAAUUUCCGUUCAUUCAGAAGAAGGAUCAGAUAAAAAAGAAUGUAGAAAAUGGUAAUGAUAGUGAUAGAAAACAAGUAAUUGGUGGUGAAAACAUUGAUAAAGAAGCAGAAGGUGCGUAG